AACCCACCUUGACCCACCACUGACCGCCCUUCCUCCCCCCCCGACGGCGGCCGAGCUCCGCCGCACGGUCAACGGCGUCUGGUUCUCCCACCUGGCCUUGGCCGACCUGCUGAGCUGCCUGGCGCUGCCCUUCCUGGCCGUGCCGCUGACCACCGACCACCACUGGCCGCUGGGCGCCGCGGCCUGCAAGGUGCUGCCCUCGCUGACCGUGCUGGCCAUGUUCUCCAGCGUGCUGCUGCUGACGGCCAUCAGCGCCGACCGCUGCGCGCUGGUCACGCGCCCCGUGUGGUGCCACAACCGCCGCACGCCCGCCUUGGCCGCGGCGGCCUGCGCCGGCGCCUGGGCGGCGGCCGCGCUGCUGACCGUGCCCUCCUUCGUCUUCCGCGCCGUGCGCCUCGACCCCUUCUCGGCCAAGGCCACCUGCGUGCUGUCCUACGGCGCCGUGCGCGCGCACCAGCGCGGCACCGAGCUGGCCGUCGCCGUCGUGCGCUUCCUCUGCGGCUUCCUGGGGCCCUUCGCGGUCAUCUCCGGCUGCUACGGGCGCCUCUUGAGCCGCGUGCGGGCGCGGGGGCUGGGCAGGUCGCAGAGGGCCACCAGGACGGUGCUGGUGGUCAUCGUCAGCUUCUUCGUCUGUUGGUUGCCCUACCACGUGGUGGGGCUGGUGCUGGCGGCCGGCACGCCGGGCUCGGCGGCGUUCCGCGGCGCCCAGGCUGCCGACCCCGCGGUGGCCGGGUUGGCCUACGUCAACGGCUGCGUCAAUCCCAUCAUCUACCUGGUGAUGGGGCGCGGCCUGGGCAAGGUGAGGCGCUCGUGGAGGGCGCUGCUCAAGGGGGUGCUCAGCGAUGACCCCACCAGCGUGGCCGGGGACAGCCGGGCGCGCAGCGUGGCCACCGCCGAGGAGGGCAGCGAGGGCACGGCGGUGUGAGGGGGGCGGUGGUGGUCAUGGUCAUUUGGUCAUGGUCAUGGUC